AUGAUUCUGAUCUUUGUGGUUGCAAAUAUUCAUCUAGUUCUAAGUAAGAAUUGCAAUACAUUUGAUGAAUAAAUCAUACUUGGUGAUUAUUACUCAAAUUAAGAGGGUUAGAUUAUGGCUAUACUUCAAUAUAAGUCCUAUGAAGAAUGCAAUACUUUUGUUCAGGUAAAAAGAAUGAGAUUAAAAUUUCAAUCAGAAUUACUAGAGAAUCGUUAUUUUGUGUAUACAACCCAGAUCUAUUAGAAUUAUUCACUCUAAAUUAAUACAGAUUAUAAUAUCACAUUGGGAUUGAAGUCUCUAAUUUUGAGAUUGCCCACUAGAAAUGGUAAAUAACCAUUCAAACUACUAAAUCAAUACGGGAAUUCUUACAUAUUAAAUGGGAACUCACUGCUAAAUCUAUAGAUUGAAGAACUCGAUGUAAUGAGCUUUAAGAUUGAGUCAAUAGCCUUAAUUUUUAUAAAUGAAUGCAAUAUCAAGAGAAUACUAGAUCAUUUAAGCAACAAACAAGAUUUCUGGAUAGUAAUGUUUGGAGAUUAGAGUUGUCAAUUCUAAUUAUCACAUUUGCAAUAUGAUACUUUCAUAUCGACAUCUGAAAAUUAACAUGUAACAUUUUUAAAAAGUAAUCCAUUUAAAAGAAACUUUAAAAUUGAAUUCCAAAUCCACAAUUCAAGUGUUCUUUAAUUCUAACACUAUUAAAACGAUGAACUGAUCUAAAAUGAAUUCGUUAAUAAAUCUUUUUUGGUUUCAACAAAUUUAGGUGAUAAUUGUAUCCCAUAUGGACAAAGAAUUAGUUUAGGAUAUUAUUAUACAAAUUACAAUAAAGAGGAUGACAUAAUUGACAUUACCUAUAAUACAUAGUCCUAUUGUCCACAGGGAUUCUUGCAUAUUUUUGACGAUAAUGGAAUUGAUUCAUGGAUUAAAAUAAGAGAGACUAGAAUUUUGAAUAUGAGUAAGAUUUAUGAGAAUUCAAGUUAAUAAUUCACUUAUGUGACUUAUAUAAAUAUAGUAUCUUUGAAUUCUUAAACAAUUUAAAGGUUGGGUCAGAUCUAUUAUUAUGAAAUAUAUGGAGACAUCUAAACCAAAAGCAGUAAGUAUCAAUUCAAGGUGCCUUUAAAAUAAUAUGACAACAAAGAACACAAGAUCAUUUUCUUUGGAGAUAUGGAUUCAAAUUGGACAGGUAACAAAUCUAAACAAACCUUCGAUUGGUUUUAAUCAAUCCAAUACAAUCAAAGUGUUUAUGAUGCAUUAAUAUUCGAGGGAGACAUGGCAUAUGAUCUCGAAUCCCAAGACUGUUAAUAGGGUGAUUGGUGGUUAAGAAACAUGACUACAUUUACAUCGUAUUACCCAUUAUUAUCGACUCCUGGCAAUCAUGAUUCAGGAGCAAACUAUGAAUUCGAUUUCUAUAGGAUGUCCUUCCUCUCCCCUGAUAAAUCUUAAUACAAUACAAGAAAGAACUAUUAUAACUUCUAUAGUGUAGACUUGGGUUUGGUUCAUUACAUUUUUUACAAUCCAACCAAUAUUGUUUAUGAUGAUAGUAACCAGCAAUAAAUAGAUGAAAUGGUUUAGAUUAUGGAGAAUGAUUUAAAUUAAGCCAAUCAGAAUAGAGAGAAAGUACCUUGGAUAAUAGUUAAUAGUCAUUUCCCCAUGUAUUGUAGUGACUCUAGUGAUAAUUAGUGUUCCCAAAAUUUUAUAGCUUUAAGGCCAUUCGCUGAUUUAUUCACCAAAUACAGAGUGGCUAUUUAUAUGUCAGCUCAUCAACAUAAUUAUGAGCGAGAUGCCCCAUUCAUUAAUAAUUAAUCAUAGGUGAAUACUGGAUUAAUCACUGAUGGACCAGAAUAACAUCUAGUGAAGAACUCCGCUGCUCCCAUCUAUGUAGUUGAAGGUUCUGCUGGUCAGGAGUAUUAUACACCAUUGGUUCCAUAUGAAAGCCAACCAUACACUGUAUAUCAGACUGGAUAUAAUGAUGGAAUUGGUAUUAUGACUAUUCACAAUUCCACUCAUAUCUAUUUUGAAUAAUUGGAUCUAGUCACUCAAGAAGUUGUGGAUUACUUUUGGUGUGUUUAGGACCGUUAGGACAGCAGCAGUAAGGCCUUAAAUGUUAUCUUGUGGACUUUUAUAGGGUUUUUCAUUCUUGGUGUUUUGGGGAUGGGAAUUUUCUAUUUGAUUAGAAGGCAGAAAAUUAAAGAGCAAUUGCUACCUUGA